AUGGGACUUUUAAUGUCAAAAUUGUUUAAGAACAGGGAGAUGAGAAUAUUGAUGUUGGGGCUUGAUAACGCGGGUAAAACCACUAUCUUAUAUAAAUUGAAACUUGGUAAGACUUCGAAGACUGUACCCACAGUCGGGUUUAACGUGGAAACCGUCAAGCACAAGAACGUUUCCUUUGCUGUGUGGGAUUGUGGUGGACAAGAAAGAAUCAGACCAUUAUGGAGACAUUAUUUCACAGGUACCAAUGCGUUGAUAUACGUGGUUGACCUGUCUGAUAUAGAUAGAUUGGAAGAGUCCAAGAAGGAAUUAUUGAGGGUUAUCAGUGACAAGGAAUUGAGCAACUGUCUUUUGAUUGUGGUUGCCAACAAACAAGAUGUUCCUACUGCCAUCAAACCAAAGGAAUUGAUUGAUAGAUUUGAAUUGAACAAGUUAUCUGGUGACCACACUUGGUCUGUCAUUCCUACAAUUGCCAUUGAUGGAACAGGGUUAGUGGAAACUUUGAAUUGGAUUUCAUCUCACUCAAAGUAA